CUCACAAAUGUUUGUGUGAGAACUGAUUGCUCCGGCUUGUGCGUCACUGCACGAGUGUGGAGAAGCGUGCAAGUUUUCAGUGGACGUGUGCAGACCCCAGAACAGCUGGCGCUGCAGCUUAAAAUACCAAGACUCCAAAGAGAGACCCUCAUCCACAGAGCACUGACUUGAGGGCCGCCAAAGAGGAUGGGUGGCUGCAGUGCCAGAGGCAAGUGGCUGGCAUCCUUCGGGCUGCUGCUGCUCUGGGGGACUGCAGCCACUGCGCUUCCCCUGGAGAGUGGUCCCCCUGGCCAGGACAGUGUGGAAGCUGCAGAAGGGAAGAGGAAUGGCCUCCUGACUUUCCUUGCCUGGUGGCAUGGUUGGACCUCCCAAGCCAGCUCCAGCGCCCUCCUCGGAGGGGAUGCCAGCGAGGUGUCUACGUGGCAGGAAAGCCCACCUCUCCAGCAGCCCCCACGCCGGGAUAAAAAGCCUUGCAAGAAUUUCUUCUGGAAAACCUUCUCCUCUUGCAAGUAACCCCACCCUGGCCAAGCCACCCUGUGAAAUGCAACCAGUCUGAAUAAAGGAUGUCAGGCAACAUGGAGCUUUCUCCUUAAUUGAGCUUUUCUUCCACGCCACGUGAAAAUUAAAUUUUAGUAAUGGCCACUACCCAUAUAGG